AUGGAUCAAGUGAUGUUGAAAGGACCCUACACAAUUCGAAAUAUGCCCAUGUUAUUAAGAGAAUGGCAGCCCGGAUUUAAUCUGAAGAAUGAUAUGUUGCGUGCAUUACCAAUAUGGAUCAAACUCCCUAAUCUGCCGCUCCACCUAUGGGGGGAAAAGAGCCUCAGCAAGAUUGGUAGCGCAAUUGGGAAACCUGUUACAACAGACGAAUGUACUGCAAAUAAGUUUCAAUUCUCGUAUGCAAGACUGUUAGUCGAAGUGGAUGUUACCCAAGCUUUGGUGAAGGAAAUCAUUAUUAAUGAUAGAAAUGGUGCUAAAUUGGUUCAACCUAUUGAAUAUGAGUGGAAACCAAAAUUCUGUGAGCAAUGUCAACGGUUUGGUCACAUAUGUGAGGCUCCAAAACCUGUCAAAGUCUGGCAACCAAAACAGAAACAGAAGGCUGGACAUGUACGAACUGAUGAUGUAGAACGGAUGACACUAGCUACGGUUGCUGCUGAACCUAGUAGUACACCAACAGCUGAAGGCACAAAUCUAUAUAUACAGAAGAAUGCUAAUCUUGAGAACUGGACUACAAGUACUAAAAGUGGAAGGGAUAAACACAAGGGCACCCCAAAGGAUAAAGUUCUAUUAAAUUGUACCAAUGGAUUUGGUCUGCUGGGGGAUAUGGAUGUCUCAAAAAUGUUGGUCGACGGUGAUCCAUGCUAG